GGUGCACCUGAGAGGCACCUGUGGGUACCUCAGGGGCACCUGGGCACACCUGGGGGGCACCUGUGGGUACCUGCAAGUACCUGGGGGGGCAGCUGUGGGCACGUGCGGGUACCUGGGGGUCACCUGUCCCUCACCUGUGCCCCGUGCCCGCAGGACUCGGUGCGGCUGCUGGCGGUCGAGGCCUGCGUGAGCAUCGCGCAGCUGCUGCCGCAGGAGGAGCUGGAGGGGCUGGUGAUGCCCACCCUGCGCCAGGCGGCCGAGGACAAGUCCUGGCGCGUGCGGUACAUGGUGGCCGACAAGUUCACCGAGCUCCAGCGCGCGGUGGGGCCCGAGAUCACCAAGACCGACCUGGUGGGAGCCUUCCAGAGCCUGAUGAAGGACUGCGAGGCCGAGGUGCGGGCGGCGGCCUCGCACAAGGUCAAAGAGUUCUGUGAGAACCUGUCCCCGGACUGUCGCGAGGCCGUGAUCAUGGGCCAGAUCCUGCCCUGCAUCAAGGUGAGGCGCUGGGGCACCUGGGG